AGAUACAAUGGUUGUACAAGCAUUGGGCAAACACCCAUUCCAAAAGAGAGAAAUUGGACCCAAAAAGGGGGGUAACAGGCCCAUACAAGUUCAAAAUCCAGCAGGGCAGACAUUAAAUCUUAAAGCUCCAAACUAAUCUUUUACUCUGUGUACCACUUCCUAGGCACACUGGUGCAAGGAGUGGGCUCCCAAGGCCUCGAGCAGCCUUGCCCCAUGGCUUUGCUGAAUACCACCCAUGUGGCUGCUCUCACAGGUUGGAGUUGAAUGCCUGUGGCUUUUCCAGGCUGAAGUUGCACACUGCCAGGUGGGUCUAUAAUUGUGGGGUCCCCAUGGCAGCCCUACUCCCAUGGCUCCACUAGGCAUUGCCUCAUGAACACUUUCUGUGGAGGUUCUGCCCCUGCAGCAGGCUUCUGCAGAGGCUUUCCAAUACAUCCUCUGAAAUCUAGGUGGAAACUGCCAAGCCUCCAUGGCUCUGGCAUUCUGGGCUCUCACAGACUUAAUACCACAUGGAAGUCACCAAGGCUUAUGGCUUACACUCUCUGAAGUGAUGGCCCAAGCAGUACCGGGAGCCCUUGAACUUCAACCAGAGUCAGAAACAAUGUAGCAGUGAUGUGAGGAGCAGCGUCCUGAGGUGGAGCAGGGGCAGCAGUGUUCAGGCCUUACCCCAGAAACCAUUCUGUCCUCUUAGGCCUCCAGGCAUGUGAUGGGAAAAGCAGCCUCGAAGAUUUCUGAAAUGCCUUCAGGGUCUUUUUCUCCAUUGUCUUGGCUUUAGCACCUGGCAACUUUGGUUUCCUCUCCUGAAAAUGCUCUUUUCUUCUAUGCCAUUUGGCCAGGCUAUGCAUUUUCCAAAUUUUUCUGCUGUGUUUCCCUUUUCUCCAGAAAUUCACCAUAAGCAGUUGGAAGUAAUCAUGCAGCAGCCUGAAUACUUUGCUGCUUAGAAAUUUCUUCCACCAGGUAUUCUAUUAAAUUCCAUCUGAGACGGAGCAGGGAUUUCCUGCCCCUGCCAGUUCAAUUCUACAAUAAGCCUUCCACAGAGCAUUUGGGCAUAGAUGUAGUUCAUCCAAGUUCUUUGUCAAUUUAAGACAAGGAUGGCCUUUACUCCAGUUUCCAACAUGUUGUUCCUCAUUUCCAUCUGGAACCUCACCAGAAUGGCCUUUACUGUCCAUAUUUCCAUCAACAUUCUGGUCGGGACCAUUUAACCAAUCUCUGAGGAGUUCCAGACCUUCCAUAGUCGUCUUGUCUAAUAAGCCCUCAUCAGAAUCUUGGUUUUUUCUAGCCCGCUCUUCCAAAUUCUUCCAACCUCUGCCCAUUACCCAUUUCCAAAGCUGCUUCCACAUUUUUGGGCAUUUCUUAUCACCAACACUGUACUUCUCAGUAUCAAUUUUCUGUCUUAGUCUGUUUUGUGUUGCUAUAAAAGAAUACCUGAGUUUUUCCGUCCACUACCCCCAUCCCCCCAGCACCACUUUGGCUGCACUGCGCUCACUCCGAGCUCUGGGCUCCUGCUAAUCUAGCGCCACCAUUGUCUCCCUUCAGCCGUCAUCAUGAUUAUCUACUGGGACCUCAUCAGCCACAGUGAGAUGUUCUCUGACAGUUACAUGAGCCAGGAAAUUGCAGACGGGCUGCGCCUGGAGGUGGAAGGGAAGAUAGUCAGUAGGACAGAAGGUAACAUUUUUGACUCGCUCAUUGGUGGAAAUGCCUCCGCUGAAGGCCCUGAGGGCAAAGGUACCGAAAGCACAGUAAUCACUGGUGUCGAUAGUGUCAUGAAUCAUCACCUGCAAGAAACAAGCUUCACAAAAGAAGCCUACAAUAAGUGCAUCAAAGAUUACAUGAAAUCAAUCAAAGGCAAACUGGAAGAACAGAGACCAAAAAGAGUAAAACCUUUUAUGACAGGAGCUGCAGAACAGAUCAAGCACAUCCUUGCUAAUUUCAAAAACUCAGAAAACAUGAAUCCAGAUGGCAUGGUUGCUCCGGACUACUGUGAGGAUGGUGUGACCUGAUAUAUGAUUUUCUUUAAGGAUGGUUUAGAAAUGGAAAAAUGUUAACAAAUUUGGCAAUUACUUUGGAUCUAUCACCUGUCAUCAUAACUGGCUUCUGUUUGUCAUCCACAUAACACCAGGACUUAAGACAAAUGGGACUGAUAUCAUCUUGAGUUCUUCAUUAUUUUGACUGAUUUAUUUGGAGUGGAGGCAUUGUUUUUUAGAAAAACAUGUCAUGUAGGUUGUCUAAAAGUAAAAUGCAUUUAAACUCAAAAAAAAAAAAAA